AAUGUCUGACGACGAGAAUCAAUUUGAGUAAGGAAAUGCAGGAUCAUCUCAUACCUAUACUGAAAGUGCAGGCUCAUUAAAGAAAGGAGGCUAUGUUAUGCUUAAGGGACAUCCAUGCAAGAUAACUGAUGUAUCAACAUCAAAAGCAGGAAAGCAUGGUCAUGCUAAAGUAAUUUGUUAAUUUAAUUAUAUUAGGCUUCUAUUGUUGGAAAGGAUAUUUUUACAAAUAAAACCUAUGAAGAUUCAGCUCCUACUUCUCAUAAUAUUGAUGUUCCUUUUGUUACUAAAAAGGAAUAUACUUUGAUGGAUAUCUAAGCUGAUGGAUUCGUCAUUCUUAUGAAUGAGGAUGGAUCAACUAAAGAAGAUCUCAAAUUACCAGAAACUGAAGAUGACUUCAAUUUGGUUAAAGAAAUCAGAGAAUAAUUUGAAGCUGGCAAGUAAUUUAAAAUCCAUAAAUAUCUUAGGGAUUUGUUGAUUUCAGUUCUUUCAGCCAUGGGAGAAGAAAAAAUCGUUGCUAGUAGAGAGGCCUAAGACAAAUGAUUC